AUGUUCACAACCAGUGGAGUCACAUAUGGUGUCAGUACUGGAAAAAUGAAUGGACAGCGAACUGACUUCACACUCGAUCUCCUGGAGCUCAAGAAGACUGGCUUCGAAGUCGUGGCCAAAUGGACGAAAGACGGUGGCAUCAAAUCGACAACUAAUUACACGUCUGUAUUGAUGCAAGUGUUGAAAGUAAAGCCUUAUAUAUAUCUAAAAGAAAAUCACGAAUCACUGGAAGGAAAUGACAAAUACACCGGUUAUUGUGUGGAUCUGUUGGAAGAGAUCGCCAAAGUGUUUGAGAAAGAUUUCAAGAGCCGAUUCCGAUAUGCCAUACAUUUGGUUGAAGACGGAAGUUAUGGCAAUAUGAAAGAGUCGGGAGAGUGGACGGGAAUGAUCGGCGAACUGCUCCGACAUAAGGCAGACCUGGCGUUAGCCGAUCUGACGGCCACUUAUGUGCGCGAGAAAGCGGUCGACUUUACAAUGCCUUUCAUGAAUCUGGGAAUCUCUAUAUUGUUUAAAAAGCCGGGACUACCAGAGCCUGAAUUGUUCUCAUUUCUGAAGCCAUUCUCAGUGGAAGUCUGGCUAUAUUUGGCGUCCGCUUACUUAGGAAUCAGCCUUUUGUUAUGGAUAUUAUCGCGAAUAUCUCCUUAUGAAUGGGUGAAUAUAUAA